GGGGGGGGAAGGCUACAGGUGAGCCAACGCGCAGGAGGCAACAGGUGAGCCGAAGCGGGACUUCCCCCUCCUCCCGCCGCCGCGGCCAGGUGCGAGGGAAGCAGCUGACUGGCUCUGGCGGGGAGCCCAGCCCGUCCCCAACAGGUUGGGCCACUUGUCCGUCAUCCCCGGGAACAAGGCCGAGCCGGGAGCGCCGCCUCCCCUUCUCAGUUCACCUGCCUGCUGGGCUACCUGUAGCAGCCUUCGCCUCGGCCCGCUUGCGUUUGGCUCUUAAGGCGCCGCCACCUCUCCGGGAGCAGAGAAAAGCAACGGGGCUGAAGGCAAGCAGACAUCCUGACCAGUAGCCACGCCAUGGGAAGGUGGCUAGCACUCCGGUCCUUUGGACUCGCCCUAGGCCUGAUGUUUGCCAGUGGUGGAUUUUUAUCGUGCUCGCACUGUGCGGUUGUAGGCGAGGCCAGCACAAGAGAAACAGUGCUCUGCGGAGUGCCCUCCAUGGGACGAAUUGUGGGUGGCACAGACGCCCAAAGUGGACAGUGGCCCUGGCAGGUCAACCUUAACUUUGACGGUCAUCAUGUCUGCGGAGGGACCCUCAUCACCCCCCAGUGGCUGGUCACGGCUGCACAUUGUUUCCCUCCAGUGAAUCCAAUAGACAGGUAUGAGGUGACCUUGGGGGCCUUUCAGCUUAAAAACCCCACGCCGGACAUCGUAGUGAAGCAGGUGGUGCAGGUGAUCAAACAUCCCGAGUUCACUGAUGAUGAAGGAUCGAAAGGGGACAUUGCCCUGGUGAAGCUCAAGGAAUCGGUUCCGUACACCCGGACGAUACGUCCCGUCUGUCUCCCUGCCUCCUCUGUCAGCUUUCCCAAAGGAAUGAAGUGUACAGUCACUGGCUGGGGCAAUGUGCUCACCUCUACAAGCCUUCCCUCACCUAUGACACUACAACAGCUUGAAGUGCCCAUAAUUGGGAUGGACACCUGCAAGUGCCUAUACAACCGAAACCCAGACCCUGAAGAUCCUCACAUUCUCCAUGAUGACAUGUUGUGUGCUGGAUUUGCUGAGGGAAAGAAGGAUGCUUGCCAGGGUGAUUCUGGAGGACCUCUCUCCUGUCGUGUUGGAAAUGCCUGGGUGCUGGCAGGAGUGGUGAGCUGGGGCGAUGCAUGUGGGGCUCCCAACCGGCCCGGCGUCUAUAUCCGUACUUCAGCCUACUCUGACUGGAUUAAGGAGAACAUUCCGGAGGUGGAGCUCAGCGAAGUGAAACCCAACGUGGAACCUGUCUCUGAAGAAGGCAUGUGCUCCAAUACUACUACUAGCCGGCCUGGACUUUAUGAUGGUAUCCAGCCCUCGCCAGGGUGGAAUCGCCCUAUCGUCCCUAGUAAAUUCCCCCCAGAAAAUGGGGCCCCUUCAGCUUGCAUGGCCAGUCUGCCCCUUCUGCUCCUUGUUCUCCUUCAGAGUUUAUAUUACCUUUUAUAAAUAAUACCUCAAAUAUGCCAAAACAUUGUAGCGGAAGAGUACUUUUUUUUAGUCCCCUACUCAUUGGUGGUCCUGCUAUUUCACAAUCUUACACCUCAGAUUAUUAUUUUGCACUCUCAAUUUAGUGCUGUUGGCUGUGACUCCAAAAAUAUCCGCAUGCUCUUCAAGCAGAAGUUUCCUUCAAGCUUUGCGAUUCAGUCUUGCGGGUACCUAGUGCCAGCAUCUUGAGCCUCAGCUUAUUGUAUGCUUUUUAUAUCCAGCCCUGCUAAGUUUUAUGUGUGUUCCACUUCCAUUGCUAAUCAGCUAACUUUUUAAUUCAUUUCAACCUUCCCAACGUUUCUGUAUUUCCUGUGUUAAUAGCAUGCCCCUCUUUGCCUUGCUUUAGAGAACAUACUUCUUUUAAGUUAUGAAAUUCCACUUACCCUCUUCCUCAAGUCAAUUCUUGAUCUGCUUUUGUGUCCGACCGUUCAUUAAUUCCUUCCUUCUGGCAACCUCUGACAACUCAUUCUUCAUACCCAUACCUGUAACCUUGAGCUAUCUCACGACAGAGACAUCUUUUCUCGUGCUUUGCUCCAAAGCCAGCCUGUCCCAAUACUUGCAGAGUGUGCCUGCCAUCUUGGUUCUUUGCAGUAGCAGUUUCCUCUGCAGCCCAUUCUCUUUUCUUAAGGAUCUACAGAGGCUUAGUCCUUUCUAAUUUAAGUCAGGAUCCACAUAAGAUUGCACGGCCACCACUUCUGUCUUAUGUUGACUGGCUUCCUACCAGGAAUUGCACUAAGUCUUCCCAAGCCAAAGAGUUGGUUGGAUCCUGUUAGUUCUUAAGUUCCAACUAUUGUUUGGUAGUCCCACCCUUCUUGAUACCUCAGAGGACAACUAAAAAUGCUUUAAGCUGUUCCGUACCUAUAUUCCUUGCUAGGGUAGGUGUGGGGGACCCUCCUCCUCCCAACCAAGACAAUGCUUGGUUCCUGGGUGGAGCAGUGGUGCCCACUGUCUAUAUUCAUCUUUCACCCUACACAGAUUGGAUCAAGAACACGGUUGGAGAAGUGGACGAAGGGACAUGUUCCACAGCAUCCACUCUGCUUUUUCCUCCCUGGAUUUUGGUGGCCUGCUG